AUGAUGGCGGACGAGAAGUUGUUCUUCUCGAAUGCUGUCCAACAAUUGGCCAGAUGUCUAGCCGCUAUCAAGCCUACGCCAUGGGAGAAAGUAGUCAAAUUGUACAAGUUAUGUCCACAAGACUCAGCUCAGGGUGUGUACCGUCUGGACCAAAGAGGCCAGGAUGCAACUAUUGCAUUAGGGAUUUAUUUUCUGGAGUCUGGCCUACAACACAGAGAUCGAAUUUUGCCCUAUCUAUUGAGAUUAUUACGUGGUCUUCCAAAAGCAGUCUGGAGGGAUGAGGUGAGAUGUUCACUUACCGAGAGAGUUCCAGUUGCGGAGCGCUUCAGCUUCUGCUUAAAUACACUAUUAAGCGAUGUGGCAGCCAGGUGCGAGCCAGCACGAGAAGAGAUCAUCUCGACACAAGUUGAGAUACUCGCAGUUCUGACCAAUCUCAUACGUGGAUACAAGGAUCAGAACAGUAAUAGAGGUUUGCAGGCAAAGAUAUCAUUAUGCAAAUGUCUGGUCCCAGUACUGAUUGGAUUGGCACGCUCGAUGGGUCGUUUCGCAUGUACGGAUCCACCGUUACUUUGUCGUAUCUUUCCACGACGGGAAACUCCGUCGCCAGCAACCAAUACGGAGAGCCGUUCAAUGCCCGACAAGAAGCAGCACAGCUUUUCAAACUUUAGGCCGAUCAUCCCGCGUUCGCUGAGCGGCAAUUUUAAUUCUUGUAUCGACAAUACGUCCCAGCUGCUGUCGGUUUACGACAACCACGACUACCAUUGCGGCAAGAGGCCGUCGUUGCAAUCUUCCCUGUCUGUACCGUACGAUCCGACGACGUACUUCUUCAGUCGCUAUGGAUCGAGUUUCAAUCAGUUCCCGCAGAUGCGCUGUAACGAGAGUCCUGAGAGAAGAGCCGGUAUGCAAUUUACCGUAGUGCACCUGCAGAGUGUGUUAGCUUUAGCCAAAAAGUUACUCACUAAGGAGAUUCUGACGUUUUUAGACGAAGAAGCGCAGCAAGUUUACAGCUCUGGUCAAGUGCAUAUCUUUCCAUAUCGUACAUUUAGUGAGACGAUGAAUUUGGUGAUGGUGGCAUUGUUACGCGAGUUGCUGCAAAAUCAACGCGACUUACCGGCUCCGUUCACAAGGGACGUGCAGGAAUUCGUCAAGGGUCUGUUUCUGUCGGGUCAAACAGAGCUGCAGUCGCGGCAGCAUGACGCGAGCGAGCGCGAAGACAUCGAUACGAAUUUCCGAACCGUGAAUCGCUUCAAAGUGAACGUCAUGGCUAACUCUGCGUGCGUUGACCUGCUGGUUUGGGCAAUCGGUGAUGAAACAGUAUCCGGAGAAUAUGAUUUGUCUGCGCUGUUUGCAGAUAUCAGUUCAAUGCUGAUCGGCAAGGGUGCGGACAGUUUGUGCGGACGUCUUGUCGAGAAAAUUAAUUCCAAUCAUGGACCCAAGUUGGUGCUUGCACACAUGCCGUUACUCAUGGUUUGUCUCGAGGGAUUGGGAAAAUUAGCGCAGAAGUUUCCCAACAUAGCAAGCACAUCGAUAUACUAUCUGCGAGAUUUUCUCGUUGUGCCGUCGCCAAUACUUCUGAAAUUACAUCAGCAGCACAGCGAACGUACCAUGAAAGAGCAUCAGUUCAAAGUACUCGUUCAAGGAAAGGAAAUCAGCGAUACGAAGCAGACGACGUCAUCGGUGCAGACAGCGUUUGAGAAACUUCGCGACGCAGCUAUUGGCAAUCUCUGCAUUGCCUUGGAAGCUGCACACUCGGUGAAUCCGGAUUGCGUGCCAGCGCUCGUAGCAAGUGUCUCCAACAGAUUAUUCACCGCGGAUAUAUGCGACAGCGAGGGCGAUGAGAAGUCGAACAGCGAAGUUAUUUCAAAGAACAUCGUGAUCAUGUUAGGUCAUGUAGCUGUUGCGCUGAAAAACACGCCGAAAACUAUGCGCACGAUCUUUCCAUUUUUCCAGCAGCUCUUCUGCCGUACUCCCAGCGACCUGGACUUUCUCAUAGUAGAUCAAUUAGGUUGCAUGAUCAUCGCCAAAUGUGAGCCAAAGAUUUAUGAGGGGAUAAUGCAAAUGUUCUCCAUGUCGUUGGGUUCGAGUACGGCUACAUACGCUGCAAAUGACGACCGCAAGCAAUAUUGUCACGUCUCCAAAGCAGUUACGAAUGCGUUGGCGAACAUAGCGGCGAAUUUGCAAGGCGAGUCUGAACUAGACGAUUUGCUGUUGCAUCUUCUAGAAUUGUUCGUGCAGUUAGGACUCGAGGGUAAACGCGCCAGCGAUAAGAUGCCAAACAGUAUCGCUGCGACGAAAGCAGCGAGCAGUGCCGGAAAUUUGGGAGUACUUAUUCCCGUCAUCGCCAUACUGGUGCGACGUCUACCGCCGAUCAGACAUCCGCAAAAGCGACUUUUGAAGUUGUUUAAGGAUUUUUGGUUGUAUUGCGUUAUAAUGGGUUUCGCUGCCGAUCAUCCGUCGAGAUUGUGGCCUUCUGAAUGGUAUGAAGGCGUCAAAGAGAUUGCCGUCAAAUCACCCUACCUCAUCUCCCAGACCAGUGCUCGCCUUGAGAUGCGAGAAUUGCAGUAUACGUCAGCGGUGCGCAACGACAGUGUCUCUUUGAAUGAAUUGCAGGAGCUGCGCAGUCAAGUAUUAAAAAUCAGUACCCGUACAAACGAUAUAUCAGCUUACGUGACUAAGCUGCAAUUUGCGCAGUGCACCUAUCUGUUGUCCGUCUACUGGUCAGAAACAUUGCGGGUGGCUAACAGUCCUGAGCCCAGUUUACAGCCGAUAAUGGAGUACUUGUGUGACACGGACCUUCAGAAAGAUAAGAGUGGUAUGUGGCAAUGCAUUUGCUGUGUAGCGGACUCGGUCUUCGCGAAGUUCAAGGAUGUGAUGCAGCGUAAACCGAAGGACGAACAACGCGAGCGGGAACUCGAGAAUCAUGCGCAGUUUCUGCUGGUGCGUUUCAAUCACGUGCACAAGCAGAUUAGACGAGUGGCCGACAAGUACCUCAGUGGUUUGGUAGACGCUUUCCCACAUCUGUUGUGGAACUGUAAAGUUCUUUGGAGUAUGUUGGAUAUAUUACAGAUUUUAUCGUAUUCUUUACAACUUGAUCCGAACGAGGAGAGUCCCAGUUUAAGGAUACCUAGCACACCGUAUAGCAUUGAACUAAUGAAUACCAUUGAAGCAAGAGAGAUUAUCGUGAAGGAUUUCACUGCGAGAUGUAAAGGCAUAGUACAGGAGGCUAUGAAAUGGGCGCCGCAAGCUACUAGAUCGCAUUUACAAGAAUACAUCAACCAAAUACCAUCUUCUGGAAUGUGGCAUCACUCUGGCUUAUCGUUGGCCAUCGAUUCAGUCCUCGAAUUUGUGGACACUGCAAUUCCCACAGUGGCACCAGCAAACACGAAUUCUUUGGAUAAAAGACCACGCGGUCCUAAAGGCGCGAGCUCAUGGCUUCUGUCAAUGAUGUCUACAAGAUCAUGGCAUGCUGGCGAAGUAGCGGGCAUGCUCGCUCUCGCGCGUACCGAGUCACCGACGACAGAGAUGUCGCUUGAAGAAAGCAGAGACAAAGUUGUCGACAGAUUGAUCGAGGCUGUUCGUCGCGCUUGUCAGGAUUGCAACGAUGCCGCUCAUCGUGGAGCUCUUUGGCGCGCUACUGCUCUGUUAAUAUCUAUGCCUGGGAUACAUAGGCGACUGUUACAUACGGUGGCAUGUUCGCAAAUAGAAUUAUUCACGACUGCGGUCAUGACCACGGCAGUUGAGUGCUGGCAGUGGAUCCUCACCGUACGGCCUGACUUGAAGUUGCGUUUCCUGCAGGAGAUGUUGCUCGCUUGGCAGUACACCGUCGAUAAGCGAAUGGGUCUGUUCGCCCCGAACGAAGAGGAGGUCAGCCCUCUCGCUGUCUACGAGGGUUGCAAGUUGGGCCCGAAUCCGCCUCACAUAAAGCCGCACGACAUCUGGGUGACGUUCGUUGUGGAGCUCAUAGAGACAGCCAAGUAUUGUUGUCAGGAGACUGUCGAUAUGAUCGCCAUGUUGUUGCACCGUUCGUUACCCAUGACCGUCGGCGCGUCGGGUGAGGAACCUGGAAUUAAUCGACACGUCGCCGCGGUCGGCGUGCGCUUCAAGCUGCUCUCAUGUGGCUUGGUGUUACUGCAGGGUGACGUUCUGCCGAGGACGUUGAGCAAGAAUGUCUUGCGAGAACGCGUGUAUUCCAAUUGCUUGGAUUACUUCUGCCGGGAACGUCAGUUGCCGACUCAAGAGAUCGACCAGCUGGGUGAGGAUAUAGUUACGCUGAUACGAUUUUGGCAGGUGAUGCAUAGCGACAAGAAGUACUUAAUGAUGACAGGAGCGGAUAACGAGUUUGAGAUAGUGACUUCCCAAAGUUGUACAACGGCGAUGAUCGUCCCUAGUGAAACGAUUGGCUCAUUAGCUCCGACGCCGAACGAGUAUUCCAAGUCGUCCAGCAACGUGUGGAUGAACACCAUGCCGAUGUCGACUAGCAGUAAUACAUUAGAUAAACGCAGCAAUCGCAGCAAACGGGUCGUAAACGCCAGUGUUUUUGUGAAAGAUUACAUAAAGAAGAGAAAUUUGAUCCUCGAAUUGUUGGCGGUUGAGAUUGAGAUGUUACUGGUUUGGCGUAAUCCCGGCGGUAGACCAGAACUCGCACUGCAAGGGGAAGGAAGUAUCGCGGACUGGCGCGCCAAAGCGAUGAAUGACCGUUGGCGUGAGUACACGCGACUUGCGUGGGAAAUCAGUCCUGUCUUGGCGAUAUUCUUGCCAGUGCGAUUAAAGAACUCCGAGGUUAUUAUCAAGGAGAUUUGCGGCUUGGUGCGCCUUAAACCCGUGCCUGUAAUGCAUGUAUCGGAAGCAUUACAGUAUCUCGUCACGACGGAUACUCUACUCAACGAUGUACCUGAAUUAGUUUAUAUGUUGAUAUGGGCAAGAGUGUCUCCGAUUCAAGCGCUGGCAUACUUUUCACGACAAUUCCCACAUCAUCCUAUCUCGGCGCAAUAUGCGGUACAAGUGUUGGACAGUUAUCCCGCCGACGCUGUACUCUUCUAUAUACCUCAAUUAGUUCAAGCCGUCCGUCACGAUACCAUGGGUUACGUCAUUGAAUUUAUCAAGAAGAUUGCUAAACGGUCGCAGGUAGUGGCGCAUCAACUGAUCUGGAAUAUGCAUACAAAUAUGUACAUGGACGAUGAGAAGCAAGUCCGAGAUCCCCUAUUGUACGACAUUCUGGAUUCAUUGUCGAAAAAUAUUCUGAAUGCACUGUCCGGCCCGGCGAAACAGUUUUACGAUAGGGAAUUCGAUUUCUUUGACAAGAUCACCAAUAUCUCAGGUGAAAUCCGACCGUAUCCCAAAGGGCCGGAACGCAAGGCUGCAUGCUUGGAAGCUUUGGCGAGAGUGAAAGUACAGCCCGGUUGUUAUUUACCGUCGAACCCUGAGGCAAUGGUCAUCGACAUAGAUUACAAGAGCGGUACACCCAUGCAGAGCGCUGCUAAGGCGCCUUUCCUAGCACGCUUCAAGGUGCAAAGAUACGGCAUAAACGAACUGGAGAAUAUCGCGCUAGCGGUGUCUACCAACGGAAAGGUUGAAAGCAAGAGGGAAGCAGACGAACAGACUUGGCAGGCUGCUAUCUUUAAGGUCGGCGACGAUGUCAGACAAGAUAUGCUAGCUCUGCAAGUGAUCAGCAUUUUCAAGAACGUUUUCCAAAAGGUCGGACUAAAUCUGUUCCUGUUUCCAUAUAGAGUUGUGGCCACAGCACCUGGGUGCGGCGUGAUAGAGUGUGUACCACACGCGACAUCAAGAGAUCAGCUCGGCCGUACUACCGACAGUGAUAUGUACCAGUAUUUCAUCACGCAACACGGUGACGAGACGACAAAAGAAUUCCAGAACGUGCGCCGCAACUUCGUGAAGUCUAUGGCGGCGUACAGUGUUAUUACUUACCUGCUACAAAUCAAGGAUCGCCAUAAUGGAAAUAUCAUGAUUGACACGCAGGGUCAUAUCAUACAUAUCGAUUUCGGCUUCAUGUUUGAAAGCUCGCCCGGUGGUAACCUGGGAUUCGAGCCGGACAUCAAACUGACUGACGAGAUGGUGCUUGUAAUGGGCGGUAAGAUGGAAGCCGCACCGUUUCGCUGGUUCAUGGAAUUGUGUGUGCAAGCUUUCCUCGCAGUCAGGCCGUAUCAAGAAGCAAUUAUUUCACUCGUCUCUCUGAUGCUUGACACAGGAUUGCCGUGCUUCCGCGGGCAAACCAUUAAACUUCUACGCAGUCGUUUCGUGCCGACUGCUACUGAUCGGGACGCGGCGAUCUUCAUGAUCAAUGUAAUACGUAACAGCUACCUCAAUUUCCGUACGAAAACUUACGACAUGAUACAGUAUUAUCAGAAUCAAAUCCCAUAUUAAACUGUUACCGGAGAGUCUACUUUCCCUUCCUAAUGACCAGUCCAUCCGCCUUCUCCUCUCCUCUUCCUCGUAAUCGUUAUUUGGUGAUGCGAAAGACGCUGCGAUUAUUGUUGUAGAUUGGAUACGCGUACGGGUACCGCAUUGUUAGAUAUCGCAGCGAAUAUACUGCUUCACUCUGUGAAUCUCUGUACAAAUGCGUUGGUGUUAAUACUAUUUUUAGCUCCACGUAUAUUUUACGAAAGCGUUUCGCUCUGUAUGUAUGUAAUAAUGUAUUAUAUUUAUCUACGAAAUUACUUAUAUAUACAUAUACAUACAAAGUGCCUGCCUUAUGCAGCACAUCUGUAUAUGAACACAUUCCUGUUUACUAACUUAUGCGCUGUUAAUGGUUAAAGAUUAAAUUAAAUUACUUUAA